AUGGGAAAUUUGAGUGGAGGCCACAUAGUGGACUUUGUUUUGGUGGGCUUCCCUACCUCUCCACCCUUCCAGUUACUCCUUGUCUUCUUCCUCACAAUCUACCUGUUGACACUGUUGGAGAACGCACUCAUCGUUUCCACAAUCUGGCUCACUCCAAGCCUUCACCGCCCGAUGUACUUUUUCCUUGCCCACCUCUCUUUCUUGGAGCUGUGGUACAUCAAUGUCACAGUUCCCCGUCUUUUGGGAGUAUUUCUUACCCAGGACCACCGUAGGGUCUCCUAUGUAGGUUGCAUGACCCAACUCUACUUCUUCAUUGCCCUGGCCUGCACUGAAUGUGUCCUGCUCACGGUCAUGGCCUAUGACCGCUACCUGGCCAUCUGUGAGCCCCUCCGUUCUCCUAGUCUCAUGCCUUCCAGCCUGGCCACUCGCCUUGCUGCUUCCUCUUGGGGUAGUGGUUUCUUCAGCUCCAUGAUAAAGCUUCUUUUCAUUUCCCGACUGUCCUACUGUGGACCCAACAUCAUCAACCACUUUUUCUGUGAUAUCUCUCCCUUACUCAACCUCACCUGCUCUGACAAGGAGCAAGCAGAACUAGUAGACAUCCUCUUGGCCCUGGUGAUGAUCCUGCUCCCUCUGUUGGCUGUGGUUUCAUCAUAUACCCCCAUCAUUGGCGCCAUCGUGAGGAUUCCUACUGCCCAGGGACGUCGCAAAGCCUUCUCCACCUGCGCCUCUCACCUGGCCGUGGUUGUCAUCUACUAUUCCUCCACCCUCUUCACCUACGCGCGGCCCCGCACCAUGUACACCUUCAACCGCAACAAGGUCAUCUCUGUGCUCUAUACAGUCAUCGUACCAUUCCUCAGUCCAGCCAUCUACUGCCUGAGGAACAGGGAGGUGAAGGAUGCUCUCAGAAAGUUGGUCCUGGGCAGAUGCCACUAUUUGAGGAAUGUUCCAGAUUGA